CUCCUUAAAGGUAUUCGAACAGUAUCCAAAGAAAUGACAGUAGAAGUUUUAUUUAUAUACAGCUAAGUACUUUCCACAGUCCAAAUUCCAAAGGGCAAAACAAGAUUGAACAAAAUUUUGCCACGAUACACAGACGUUAAGACGGAAUUAGAUUUACGAUAUGUGUGGAAUAUACUGUUGUGUUUCACCUUGCAAAACUGAAAAUGACAGCUGUCAUAACUGUCGUGUAAAUAUUGAAGAGUGGAAGCUAUGCAAAGACUUGAUCAGUGCACGUGGCCCGGAUAAAAUGAUUGAAAAUGUUGAAUCUCUUACAAGUGAAUGGUGUGGACAUUUUGUAGGUAGUGUUUUAUGGAUGCAAGGUACUAAUCUAAUAUCACAACCAUGCACUGAUGGGAAUGGCAAUAUAUUACUUUGGAACGGAGAUGUUUUCUAUGGAACCUUAGCUAAUGGCAAUACAUGUGAUACAUUAAAUAUUUUAAAUACUUUAAAAAGUACGGAUAACGUGCUUUCAACUUUGCGAAAAGUUCAGGGUCCUUACAGUUUUAUAUAUUAUCAGAAAUCUAGUAAGCAUCUAUAUUUCGGUCGAGACUUUAUUGGUAGGCACAGUUUACUUGUAAAAAUGAAUUAUGCAACAGACUCUUUAUUACUGUCCUCUGUUGCAAAUAAACAGUCCAAAGAUUUUAUCGAAGUUCCUGCUAUAGGUAUUUUCAUAAUUGAUUUAUGUAAAUCAAAACUAAAUCUCACUUGUCAUCCUUGGAAAGAACCAGAUUUGCGAUUUACAGACGUUAUAGAAGAUUUAGAAGGAAAGAUUAACAUAGAUAUUGAUGUAACGGACACCAUAAUAUCUGAAAUUGAGCCUGUGACUUUACAAUUUCAUCCGGAAGUAAAGGAUGUUGAAUAUUUAGAUAGUUUUGAAGAUUCAGUAAAUUUCAACCAAGUAAUGGCACAUUUAUUGCAAGAUGAGAAAGUACAACACAGAGUGAAACAUUUGCUAGAGCUUUUGAAGAAUUCAGUAGAAGUGAGAAUAAAGAAGAAACCGAAUUUCUGCAAAAAUUGUAUAAAAUUGAUACUAAAUGGAGAAAUUAUUAGUUGCAAACACUCAAAAGUGGGUAUAUUAUUUUCUGGAGGGUUAGACUCAGCUAUUUUAGCAGUAAUUGCCAACAGCUAUGUACCAGAGGAUGAAUGUAUUGACCUGAUCAAUGUAGCAUUUGAAAAGCCAUGUAAUGCGAAUACUGGAAAACAAACUAAUUCCAUCAAUUACGAUGUACCUGACAGAAAGACUGGUAGACAUACGUUUUCCGAAUUACAGUCUAUCUGCCCCAAAAGAAAGUGGAACUUCAUUGAGGUGAAUGUCACACAGGAAGAAUUACGAAAGCAUCGUGCAUCUCGAAUUUGUAAUUUAAUUUAUCCACUUUGUACUAUUUUGGAUGAAAGUUUGGGUUGCGCAGUUUGGUUUGCUAGUAGAGGAAAAGGAAUUCUGUAUCAAACGGAAACAGAAUACGAAUGCCCUUGCAGAAUACUCUUACUAGGUAUGGGAGCGGAUGAAUUGUUUGGUGGAUACAUGAGGCACAGAACAACUUUAAAACACAAAGGAUGGGAUACUCUGACACAAGAAUUGAACCUGGAAUUGUCUAGAAUUUCAGAAAGAAAUUUAGGUCGUGAUGAUAGAAUUGUCGCUGAUCAUGGUCGACAAUCUAGACUGCCAUACUUGGAUGAGAAUUUUAUAAAAUAUGUUGAAAGCUUAAAACCGUGGGAACGAUGUUAUCCAACAGAUAAAAUGCCUGCAGGUCUUGGAGACAAGUUAUUGCUACGCUUAUUAGCCCGUAAGAUUGGAUUACAAGAAACUGCUAAUUUCCCUAAAAGGGCUUUCCAAUUUGGAUCUCGUAUAGCUAACGGAAAAGAAAAUGCCAAGGAUAUAUCGCAACGAUUAUAGAAUAUUUUAAAUAUAUAAAAUACUUCAUAUGUGAAUAGUAUUACAAUCCAAAUCAACAUGCGGUAUGAAACAUUUUUGUAAGCUUAUAAAAUUUUGUAAAGAAAUUAUACAACUUUAUAUCCUACUA